AUGAACAAGGAAUCGGAACGUUUUUCACACCCGGGGAGGCACGAAUCAUCAACUUGUUGCGCGUUUUAUACGUUGGGAGAUCUGUGGGACUCUUUGGAGGAGUGGAGCGCGUUUGGGGCUGGAGCCCAUCUUUAUCAGGUUCUUGUGGCAGCGGGCCUGGUGGACUUUGCUCUAGGCAGCGACACAGCGGGGUCGGUGCGCAUACCGGCCAACCACUGCGGGGUGUGGGGCAUCCGCACCUCCCACGCCCGCCUGCCCCUCACUGGCGCUCAGCCGCUGCAGCCGUCCAUGGACGCCGUGGGCUGGUUUGCUCGCGAUGCCACUGUUCUCCAACAGGUUGGCUCCACGCUUUUCCACAGCCCCUCCCUCGCCCCCUCCUCCUCCUCCUUCUCCUCCUCCUCCUCGUCCUCUUCCUCCACCUCAUCCGCCUCCUCCUCCUCCCUCCGCCCCUUCACCGGCUGGCUGGUGGCGGAGGACGCGUUUGAGCUAGCAGACAAAGAUGCCGCCCGCGCAAUCUACGACAAGAUCGCGCCACAUAUAGACGAGAUCGCAGCGGUGGUGGGCGGGCGGCCGGAGGAGAUGCGGGUGGCGGGGGAGGAGGGCAGCGAGGUGGGGGGCGUGCACGAGUGGGUGGAGGCCAUGCGCGUGCUGCAGCUAAUGGAGGCGUGGCAGUGCCACGGGCAGUGGAUCACGGAUCACCGCCCUGCCUUCGGCCCCGGCGUGGCACAGCGCUUCCAGGCCGCCAGCGCUGUGGACCCGCAGGGGGAGGCAGUGGCGCAAGCGAAGGAGAAGAGAGCCAGGUUCACAUCGCACGUGGAGAGCCUCGUUGCGGGCGGCAAACUGCUCAUGCUGCCGGCCGCCCCCAGCAUAGCGCCGCUGAAGGCCGCCCCGCCUGCUGACGUGGACUCCUUCCGCGUGCGCACCCUGGCCCUCACCGUCAUUGGCGGUGCUGCCGGCCUGCCUCAGGUCACGGUGCCCCUCACAACGCUGCACGGGAGUCCCCUGGGGCUGGGCCUGGUGGCGCCCAGGGGGUGGGACGAGGAGCUGCUCGCCCUCGCCGUGCGCCUGCACACCCUCUUGGGCCUCCCAGCCUGA